UUGAUGAAAAUAUAGAAUCAGAGAUGAGUUCUUUUGAACACCUGAAUUGCACGUUCUAUCUGACAAGGAUAGUUGUGAUUCGGUACCUAGGUUUUCUAUAUUUUGUGGCUUUCUUGAUUUCACUUAAUCAAAAUUUGGCGCUGAUUGGAUCAAGAGGGCUUCUUCCGGGAAAUCUUCACAUGUCUUUUAUGUCCAAACGAUUGGGGGAAAUUUCAAAAUUCGAAAAGUUUUUUCAAGUACCUACUCUGCUUUGGUUUAUCGAUUACGAAAACCCGACUGACUUUGAUUAUUAUACCAAUCUGUUAUCAGCUGUUGGUAUUUUUGUUUCCGCUUUUGUGCUGUUGACGGCACGGGCAAAUUCUGUAAUUAUGUUUCUUUUAUGGUUUUUGUAUCACUCGAUAGUGAACGUCGGUCAGCGCUGGUUCUCAUUUGGCUGGGAGUCUCAAUUACUGGAAACCGGGUUUUUGGGUAUUUUCUUUGUACCUCUUUUGUCUUUGUCGCAUUUUCCUAAAACAUGCUCGCCUUCAAAAGUUGUCAUCUGGGCUUACAGAUGGCUGAUAUUUAGAAUAAUGAUCGGUGCUGGUUUGAUAAAACUCAGGGGUGACGAGUGUUGGAGAAAUUUUACAUGUAUGAAUUACCACUAUGAAACUCAGCCAGUUCUGUGCCAGUCGGUCAUGUUUGGAAGUUUGACCUUGAGAAGAGCAGAAAACACUUGA